AUGCUGAGGAGGUUUUUCAGGUUCUCGGAGGAGGGGGCUUCUCUUGCUUCCCUCGCCGGCGUGUCCUCUUCGUCCUCGUCUUUCUCCACCUGUUCCCGCAGGCGAGCCACCGUUUCUCGCCCUUUUGAGGAGCCUCCCUGCCCGAAGAGGAUCCCCUUCACUGUCUCCGCCCACCGGCGGACAUGGCAGGAUCCCUACCACUGGAUGUCCGAUACCCGGGAUCCGGACCUCGCAGAGCACUUACGCCGGGAGAACCUCUACGCCGACGCCUUCAUGGGGGACGCGGAAGGCCUGAGAAGGAGGCUGGUCUCGGAGAUGCAUAGCCGCAUGCCGCCCAGGAUAUCCACCCCUCCUGAGCGAUGGGGCUCCUGGUCAGUGAAAACUUCUACCUGACCUCCGUGGCAUGCUGGAAGUUGGCAUAAUCCUUCUGUGGCAUCAUCCUCGUACUGCUUUAUUGCUUCCUUGUUUCACAUAUUCGAUCUUUUGUCUUUGUGAAACUGUGCUGGCUUGAAUUUGGUUAUGCUUACACUUAGGAAGCUGUUUGGUGGGUAAAUGAUAGUUUCUCUGAUCCUCUUUAUCGGAGGCGAUUGGGUUGUUUCGUGUGACCAGAGUCGAUAGGAUAACGGUGGCCAUCCUCAGAGUAAGACACUUCAGUGAGUUAUUAUCCACAUCUCUUUUUACCCUUCUGAUUCAAAAUGACUUCGAAUCAGAGUAAGACACCUUAUAUCAUUUUUAUAUCAUUUUAUGUUAUCACCUAUUUGAGGGCCACGUGAUAAAAUCCAUCGUGAUUGGUUCAAUCAUUAAAAUCAUUUAAACAUGAAUUUGACCACCGGCUACAAAGCUUACACAAGACUAUAAAUGUACGUUGCUGUUGGUUCGGAUCAUAAGACUAUAAGACGCAAGGCGCACAUAAGAUUUACAGACUCAUUAAAAAAAUGAGUUCGUCAAUUUGGUAUAAGAUCCAUUGAAGAUCAAAUGCAUUAUUGGGAUGAAAAUAUAUUAAUGCUCAUAAAAACACAUUGUUGAUAGGCCAGAUCAUUGCACACAAGGCCCAAAAAAGGUCAAAUUAGUGAUGGGGCUCGAAGUCUAUAUGUAAGGUUUGAGAGCAUGUUGUUAUGGAGUCAAAUCAUUGGACACGAGGUCUGCAUAAAAUUGACACAAGGAAAGAAUUUUCUUGGACCUUGUGUGCUAAUAGUACAUGAUUAACAGAGUAGUCAAAGGGGCGGAUACUCCCUAUCUUAUAAACAACUUACGUUUAGGUGAGAAAGGGUGAGUGAGUCGAAACAUAGAGGAUGUAAGAUUAUCUGCUGAUGAAAGAUACUCUCUGGCCAUGUGAUUUAUGAGGCCUAUGAAACAAUGAGGGUCAUCUUGAAAACCUUUAGUUAAAGCGAAAAAAUUAUGUACGAUAACUGAAGUGAGCUACCUUAAAAAUGGUUUAUUCUAGCUUAAAAUGUUUUAGUUCGCUUAUCUCUGAUGCUAAGUGGGGACAUAAAUCUCAAGUAUCCUGUGAUUCAUUCUUAAAUUAAAAUUUCACCUAGCUGACAUACCCUGCUCUGAUCAUUACAUCUUCUGUCACAAAAAAGUGAGGAACUAUUCUUGAAGUAGAAUUUUUCUUGCUUUGCCCUUCUUCUAGAUUUGAGAACAUACAUUUUAGGAAGAUUGUUGAACUGUAGGGAAGACGUGCAGGAAAUUCAAAAACCUUCCAGUGUAUCGCGAGACAGGGGGAAACCAGUGCUGAAGUCUCACUUUCAGGAGCUUUAUGGAAGAUGAAUUUUCUUAGUUUCCUGGACUUGUCGGCCUUUAUUUUUGCAAAUUCACCGUCUGCUUUAAAGACAGUAGAUGGUGGAGAGGGACUGUGGUCUAGCCAAGUCUUUUAGGAAUUUCUAUGAGAUAGAGUCAGUGCUUGGUCAAAUACUAAAGCUUGGGAUUUAUUUUUAUAAUCAGGGUCACAUUGUGGGGAAGAAGGCCCAUAAGAGAUAACUCACUGUUGAAAGAAUCAGAAUUUUCAAUCCUACCGAAAAAUGAGUCUUUCAAUUGAAGCUGUUGAUCAUUAAUCAGUAGAUUAUAGUGUAACUGUUUAUUUGGAAUACCAUAUAUUCUCUUUUUUGGAUCCUAUGGGACAAUGCUACAUAUAUUUUUGAUACCUUGAUCAGAAUGGUUGAGUAAUUGGUUGUAGUUGUACAUGGACCUAGAGUGACAAGAUAUGCAUCAUCUAUGAAUUGUCAUCUCAGUUUCACAGUUUUGGUGCUUCUUAUGCCUUCUUUAUUGUGCUUCAUGUGGAUUGAUUACCUACCCAUUAGUGUGUUUUAUUGAUGAAAGUUCCUUCCUAGUGGCCGUUAUCUUUCAUUGAUUCCUUUGACAGGCUCUACUAUCAGUAUGUACCUGAGGGUAGGGAAUAUCCAGUCUUGUGCCGAAGAUGGGAGGGGAAUAGUGGUUUCUCAAAGUUAUUUUCUGGUUUCAUAGAAAGGUUCAGAAAUGAGCACAUUUUGCUCGAUUGGAAUGAUCUUGCAGAACAAUUUGGUAUGUGCUUUUGUCAUCCUCAUCCUGUAAUUUCCUAUUUCUUACUUUUUUCCAUACCUUUUGUUUCAUUGUUUGUGAGUGGCUCUGCCCAUUUUCGUUGAUUGUUUCUGCUUGAAUUUGAUUUUGGCAUCAAGAAAUGAAGCCUUAUUGCUUCUUGGGUUGGCAUGAUUACUAUCCUUCCAAUUAUAUGAUGCACUGAAGUAGAAUUAUAUGAUGCUUCAAAGAAAAUGAGGCAUUUUCUUUGAUAUUAAUAAGGGACAGAUUUCUUACAUCUGACUUUGUUUAUUGACUUGAGUCUGUAAAGGGAUAGGCUUUCUUUGACGUGAUGAAUGAAGAUUCCUAAUCGUGAUAAUAUAUCUUACCGUUGGUGAUGACUAGGGUUUUUAGUUUCUGAGAAAAGCAACUACCAUUGUAUCUCCUGCUUGCUUGAUUAUUUCGGCUAUUUUUAGAGGUUUUUUCUGUUCUUUCUAUCUCAGUUAGAGAUUAUGGGUUUAGUAAAUCUUUGUUCCAUAAAUAAGAGAGUAAAGGACUAAUGCAUCACCGUCUGGUGAAAUGUGUAGGUUAUGUUCAUGUGGGCACAUGUAGAGUCUCUCCUGAUCACAGGUUCCUUGCGUACACAGUGGACACUUCUGGUGGGGAGCUAUUUCAGCUUCAGGUUAAAGACCUUCAAACUGGACAGAUUGCCAAAAAUUCAGAAGUUAAUGGGGUUUUCAGUUUGGCGUGGGCUGUUAACAAUGAUCGUCUGUUUUAUACUACCUGUGAUGAAACUCAGCGUCCUUGCAGGAAACUUCCUUUUCUUUAUUCUUCUUUUUCAUUGUAAAAUUUUCAGAUGAGAUAUGAUUUUUCUCUGUUUAUUGUUUAACAGGGUUCUUUGCAAAAAAAUGAGGUCAAGGGUGGAGGAUGAGUUGUUAUUUACUGAAAACGAUACAACUUGCUGUGUAGAUAUUACGUGCACAAAAGAUGGGAGAUAUAUUACCAUAAAUUCUAACACAAGGUCAUCAUCCGAGGAAAGUCUCUUUUCUCAAUCUUAAUAGUUAGCAAAUGCAUUUGACGGAAUGUAUUCUGUUGUAAAUGCAUGUCUCCCUGAUAGGUGGCUGUAUACUUCCAUGCAGAUUCAUGUAAUUGAUUCAAGAAAUGUGCAAAAUGAACUUGUCCUGGUGCAGAAACGUGUGACUGGUGUGCAGUACUUUUUGGAGCAUCACCAUGGUUUUUUUUAUAUCCUUACCAAUUCUCCGUCAAAACAUAUAGUUCGUGAUCCAGGAGGGUAUCACUUAGUUAGAUGCAGAGCGGAAAAGUUUCCUUUGACAAAUUAUCAGGUGAGCUUCAAAUUUUCUCGUCUAUGAUGUGAUUGUUCGAAUCACAAUAAAUAAAUAUUUUUAUGAGGAUAUAAUAAGGAAUUUUUUUAUCUUGAUUAUUAAUUGAUAAAUAAGUAAUAACCCACACUAUUCGUAAAAAUAAAUAGUACCUACUGUUAUGACUUUUAAUCUGUUGUGCGCCACAUAUAUUUUUUCAAGCAUUUAUCAAAUAUUGUCUGUUUCUUGUUAUAUUUGAUAUUACCUUUAAAGUAUUUAUGAUUGGUGUUGCCAGUCACCUUCACAUAGGACAGUGGACUACUGCCUUCAUUGUCUUAAAAACCUUGGUCUGAACAUAAACCCUGCCAGUUGGCAGGCUUUUCUUCUUUUGUAGUUUCGUGUUUACUUUCGUCAAUUAAAUAUCAAUGUAUUUUCAUAUUAUAUCCUUAUUUGGUUUUUCACAGGUUUCUGUCGUUUCAUUCCAUUAUGUUAGUGAGUCCUACCCUGAUUGACGACAGUUGAGACGUCUGUUUGAGAAUCACCACUUGAUGCUUCGGUUUGAAUUAUAUGCUGAGAGUCUGGAACUUAUCCCAUAUUAAUUUCUAAAAGACAUUUUGAGUAGAAAUUGGCAUAGUUUUGGAAGGGAGAGCAGUACACUCCAAGAUUUUCGAGCAGGAUUGGGAUAAGAUUGAUUUGGAGAGACGGGGUAAAAUUGAAAAAAAGGGAACUUUGUUAUUUUGCUGUCGUUGGAAUCUUCUGUUUGCUUAUACGCGCUGUUGGUGGAGACCAUGGCAAUAUGCAUGGAGUUAUUUUAACAGUUAAUGGUUUACUCGGUUGUGCAUCAUUAUUCUUUUAGUUCAAUGGUAUUAUGGCAAUAGCCACUUUCAUAAAAAGUGAGUGGAAGCCAAUAGUGGAGCUAAUCAAAUGCUAAACUUUCGAACUGGCGUGUUUCCUUCCUGUAUAUUUAUUAAACUCCCGUCUUUGUUGUUUCAUUGCACAAGAUGCCUCUUUUCUGCCCUUAGUAUUCUAUUUCUCUUUCUUAAUGAUGAAUUUUGAUAAAAAAAAUUCAAGAUAAUAUAGGUGGAACGUUUUCUUCUCAUUUCCAAUUCUUGCUUCUCACACUGUGCUAGUUGUCACUACUUCUUUUCCAAAUUCGAUGUCUAAUUGUUGAAGCGGUACUUCUUCAUGACAUUCGAAGUUUUGUUUCAGGAUUUUAUCAUGCCAGGUCAGGACGUCAUCUUUCAGGAUAUGGAUCUCUUUGAUGGGCAUUUAGUCCUAUUUCUGCAGAAAGGGGAGCUUCCUAUGUUUUGUUCCAUAGAUUUGCCUAUUGAUGUCGAUCUCAAGGUAUCCAUUUCAAUCAUCUUCGUCUUCAUUAUUUUUCCUGAAUUGAGUCAGAAUUAUUGUUCUUUAAAGUUGAAAUAAUUGUCUGAUCUUCCAAUACAAUCGGAUUUAGAUAACCAUAACUUAUCUUAUGAUCCCCUUCCUCCUUAAGGACGUGGCAUGUGGAUGCCAGUGCCGAUUGGAGGAGUUCAUUUUGGUUUCCAAUUAAUAUCCGAAUCGUAUUUUGUUUUUAUGAAACUUAUAAAGUGGGUUACUGAUAAUGGAAUGAGACUAUUUUGUGGGCUGCAUCAAUGUCACAUGCCAUUUUAUUGACCGGCAUGUCUAUAAGUAACAGUAGUAGUUGUGUAUUUUUGUUAUAUUUACUAUUUCUUUGUUGACUCACUCGAAAUGAAUUUAUUUUUGCAGGAACCAUUUCAAGUUGAGGAUCUCAAACCGUGGUUUUUCCCAUUGCCAUCUAGUUCAUGCAGCAUUGUUCCUGGUUCAAAUCAAGAUUUCAUGACAUCCAGUUAUCGUGUCGUCAUUUCAUCACCAGUGGUACAGUUCACCAGCUUAACCUUAGUUCUACCUUCAAAACGUGAAACAAACAAAUUAAGCAGCAUGGCAUAUAUUGAAUACGUAAAAAUAAACUGUAUUGCCACUUUUUUGAUGGAAAAACAUCAAAUUGAAAGGCUGGCAUCUAAUUGAGUAAACAGAAAUAUGAGAACAAGUUAAAAGGUGAUACAUCACUCGCUGACUGUAAGAUUAUUUUUACAUGCUAGUGAAGUACACUGCUCCUUCAAAGUUCGAAGUAUGCAAUGAUUUUUAUUACAACUAAACUGUCCCUCAGUCAUUAUUUCGUACAAAGGGUAAAAACCAGUUGAUACAUUGAAUUUAAACGAAGAAGGGUACACCUCACUAAGAUCUAAUCGUAGCCAUAUUGAAGAAACUCAAAGGGUGAGCCCACCAGCUCUCCAGCUUUGACAUCUGGUUUCUACCGGCUAUUGAUCUGCACUGCCUGUCUAAGAAGCCGCAAUGGUGACGAUAGGCUGCUCUAUCACCAUCUGGUAUCCUUGUCAUCUGUCAUUACUUCGUAUCACCAUCUGGUCUCCAUGUGGUGCAGGGCUUAUUUUCUAAGUCUCUGCAAGCAGCCAUUUAAUCAUUUUAGCUCCCCUUGGUGUUGUUUCUCAAUGAGAAAACCAGAGCCUAAGCCGUAGUCAUUCACCCUAUUUCACUAAAGAAAGAUUUCUCCUUGCAAUAAAUCUCAGAACAUUUAUAAAUAUCAGGCCCAGGGGCCUGACACAUACCUAAUAUAUUCAUCUGCUAAUAGCCCAGUCAACUUUAGAUGUUUGGAAUUGUGGACGUUAAAUUAUCGUGCUGUCAAGAGUUAAUGUAAACUGACAUUAAAAAUUGCUGCAUAGUACCUUUUAAUGUUCAUGCAAUGCAUUUAACUUACAUGUGAGAUGAAUCUUGGUGAUAAUUGUAUGAGAUGAAGUUCAUUUAGCAAAUUUAUGAGAUAAUAGUGGGUUCUUAGCCUAUAUAGGUACCAACUAGAUCCUGACUUCUAGGGACAAGAUCCAUAUUAGGUCUUGUUGUAUCAUAUACCACUAGGCAUUAAGCCUACAAAAAGUCGUAUUUGGCUUAUUUGAGUUGGAUCUAACCAAUAGGUUUCAAGCUCAGAUAAAGUCUUAGUUGAUAUGCACCAUUGGGCGCAGAUGUUCUAAAUUGGACCCAAUUAUUACAUUGGUUUGAAUCAUUAGAUCGAAGGCCUACAUAAAGCCUUUUCGAAUCUAGAUCAUGGGGCACAGGGGUCACAAUAAUCUAAUUUAGUUUUUUGACCACUAGACAAUACUGGGCUUGAGACACACAUAGAGUCUUAUUAGAUCUUGAGCUCAGGCUUCUUUGAACGGGUUGGGGAUUGGGCUUAAGCUUCUUUAAAUGACACAGGCUUAUGAAAACAGGCCUGAGCUUCUUUUAGAAAAUAGGCUUGGUUUUCUUAAAGUGGACGCAAUUGUCAACUCUAAUUUACCCUUCUUUCUUCUUUGAUCUUUCUGCUGAGUGUCUGUGUGGCCUUGUCACUUGUUUCCUUUUUGGCAGACGAUCAGAUCCCUGUCUAUGGAGGCUCUACUUUGCACUUUCUUUGAGUCCAGUAGUGUCCUUGGGUGUAGGUUCCCUUUGAGGGAGAAACAGGUCUUUUGAUUGAUACCUUCCGAUAUGGGAAAAGUUUUAAUGGGCAAAUGGCUCAUCUUCUGGCCAUUUCAGUUCAAAUUUCUGCAGUGAGAAACUGUCUGGUUGGCCGUAUCCUCUCCUCUGAUUCCUCUUUGUGUCAGGGUAGUGGAGCCGAAUCCAAUCCUCACCACCAGCAAUCUUGCCAAGGAUCUAUGCUGACUUGUAGAUAGAGAAGAAUAGGAAUACAAGAAAAUGGAGAUUGGGUUCUGACUGGAACCCUAGCUCCUAUCCGUGUUGACCAUUCAAGAGGGCCAACCCUCUCCUGCAAUGCCACCACCUGAAACCUAAAACAGUCUUACCUUUCCCUCGUCCUGAUCCUGCCCUAAUAACCACCUUUUCCCUGCAUUUUAUUUACCUAAUUACCCCCCCUACUUAUACCUCACGUGACCCACAAGCCCUCUUGCUCCUGGUGUGAAGGCCCCUCGAGGGCCUUGUUUAGUGGCCCUGUUACUUGUAUAUAACACAUUUUCGAUGUGAACAGAGAGUUGAGUUUUUCCUCAGCAUAUCCUCUUAGGAAUUGCACCACUGUUCACGACAAUAUCCAUGGGAUACAACACUCCAAGAAGUUCAGACGAAAGAUGAUCUCGAAUGCAAUCAGUCAACCAAAAAAAAACGAUUCAUUUAUAGAAAUUAGGGAGAAAGAGAGCGGAAUUGGUAAAAAAUUCAUGAACAAGAAAAGAAAGAGAUCACAACUUCUUUUUCUCAUACUGACUUUCUUUAUUUAUUCUCACACCUUGGAAAAACAAUCUCCAACUCGGAACUGAUAUGCUGGCUCAUUCAACUCAGUCAAUUUAAUUUGCUCAGUAUGGGAUCACAUCAGAUUCCCUGGCUGAUGGACAGUGAACCCAUAAGGACUCCUCUAUCUUCUUUCCCUAACUCUAGCAAUAGAUGAAAGUCAAUAGCAACCUUCUUCUGGUAGAAAGGUGUUUAUGGGUGCAGGAUGGAACAUCACUUUUCUGUGUGUAGUUCCUUCUUUUGGUCAGAGGCGGCUUCUCGUUUCACUGGAGAUGGAGUAUAAAGUAGGUGACUUCUUUUUUCCCUCUUCUCUGCAAACAGUGAAAUCUUUCUCUCGUGAUUUCUCAUCCUGUCAGAGCUCGAGGAUGCAAUUGGUAGACCACAUGUCAUUGCUGCCUGUGUCAUUUUUUCUUUUUGCUAUAGCGUUGUCCAUAUCUAUUUUGUUCCUUAACUCGAUUCAUUUUUUCGUCCGAGAGUGUAUUCCCUAUUUACAAAUGUCCACUAAUUUCUCAUUCCGUCAGAGCUCAGGGAGGAUGAGAUUGACAGACCACAUGUCAUUGCUGCCUGUUUCCUUUUUUUGGCUAUAGCGUUGUCCAUAUCUACUUGAUCCCUUAACUCGAUUCAUCUUUUCUUCUGGGAUUGUAUGUCCUAUUUAUGAAAGUUAACUGUUUUCCUCUUUCUCUUUCGAUUCUGUCUACUUAUCUAUUCUCUCUUUUCUUCUCUAAAUCUUAGAUUCCUGAUCUCAUUGUUGACUACAACAUGUCGAAGAAGACAUUCAGUAUCAUGCAUCAGGAGGAGGUACUGGGCGUAACAGAAGCAUAUAAAAAUUCAAUUCAUUUACAUUCAGAUGAUGGGAAUAUGAAUUCGGAUUAUAGAAAGCAUCUGCAAAACAUGGAGGGCAAUCAGAGUUGGGGUGACCUUUCAGAUGAAUUAUACUGUGAGAGGACAGAAGUGACUUCCCAUGAUAACGUCAAGGUUCCUUUGACCAUUUUGUAUUCUAACAAAGCUUGGCGUUCUGAGAAAUCUCCUGGCCUUCUAUAUGGAUAUGGAUCUUAUGGGGAAACAUUGGAUAAAAGCUGGUGUGCAAAUCGCAUAAGCUUACUUAACCGGGGAUGGGUUUUAGCAUUUGCAGAUGUCAGGUAAAUUUAACAUCUAUUCAGCUUUCUCCCUCUCUCUCACUCGCUCGUUCGUGUUUUAUUGCAGAUCUUCCUGAUAGCAAGAUUCUGUUCUCAAACUCCCUUGCAUAUGCAAGCAUAACCAGUACUUGAUUGUUCAUAUAUUAAUCAAGAGUAUAUGAAUGCUCGGUUUCAGAAAUAGAAAUAUAAGAAAAAGUAGAAAUGUUUUUUGGCUGAAGAAAGAUGGGGCAAAUGGGAGAAUGGCAUAAAGAGUUCCUUUCUUAUAAAGAAUAGAAAAUAAAAACGAUCCACAUGAUAUAGGUGGAGUGCGUGUAUGAUGGAGUUGUGCAGUGGACGGUGUAAUCAUGAUUUUGCGGGAUAAAAACCUCGACUGCAGAUGGAUUUUGGUAACAAGUGACUGCACUGCUUGAAGCCAUCAGAUGUGAUUGUCAAGCCCUUACAAAUUCCGCUGAGCAUCCGAGUUAAAAGCAAAACCAUACGAUCAUAAGAGGCGGAAAUUCCUCUGCCCAUUCAUCUUCUUCCAACCUUAUUCAGAUCCAUUCAGAUUGCUUUUCCUCCCCUUCAAUAUUCCUCGUACAUAAUCCCUACAUUAUUUUGCUCCUAGCUUUUUGUUUCCUUCUAGGUAAGCACUCUGGUGGGCUCUGCUGGGUUGUAUCCUGUAAUCACAACCAGCUCCGUCCAUGGUGCAGUGACAACCCCAACCCCAUCAUUCUCAUUAAGACAGAUUGCAUUAAGACACAAAUCAUACACAUCCUUUUACCUCAAUGAUUUUGCAUAAACUUAUCUUUCAUGGUAUUUUAAAUUGAUCUCUGUUAAAAAGUAUCUUCUGAUUCCCCUGACAGAGGUGGAGGAGGAGUUGAUCCUUCAUGGCAUGAGGCUGGCAGUGGACCUUACAAGCUAAACUCAAUACUUGAUUUUGCUGCAUGUGGCAUGUACCUUGUCAAGGAGGGUUAUGUCAAUGAAGAUCAACUUUGUGCAAUUGGCCAUAGUGCAGGUGGUCUCCUCGUUGCAGCUACAAUCAAUAUGUAUUCUGAUCUAUUUUGCGCUGCUAUCUUGAAGGUAGGAAAACCCUUGAUCCUUUCCCAGUGUGCUUUCUUGUCCUCCUUUAGAAUCGUGUGUGCUUCUGCAUUCUACUAUUUCCAAAUGAAGAUUACUACAUCUAGAUUCGUGGUCAUUUAUUUUUCCCUUAGUCACUUCCUUUUUUAACCUUUUUAUGCAUGAAGCGCGAAACAAAUUGAAAAGAAAUGUAGCUGGUUCAAAUAUUUAAUCAUAGGAUUCUCGUAGGCUGUGCCAUGUGGAUAAUGGAACAGGUAAUGAAACCUGUUGGAAAUAAGAUGGAGCAGGCCCAUAUAUUUUAAGCACGGUUCAUUUCGCCCUUUCUAAUAUGACACUGUUCUAGCCUAGUGUAACCCAAGUGUGCCUUGCAUGUGAUCAUCUGAUUGUUUGCUUCCAUGGUUGUUUGAUUAAUCAUAUGCAAAAAUCAACAGAGAAAUCACGGCGACCCAUGAUAUCUGUUGAUUUGUGGAGCAGUUAGUUGUGCAUGGCACUGGACUCUUCAAUAUACAUCACAUUGACGGUGGAAAUGUAUAGUGUUUUAUUCAGUUCUGUAUGUCUAACAUAAAGCAGGUUCCUUUUCUCGAUGUCUGCAACACAAUGCUAAAUCCUAGCUUGCCCCUUACAAGCUUGGAUUAUGAGGAAUUUGGGGACCCUAGGAUUGAGGCUGAAUUUGAGCUCAUCCACAGCUAUUCUCCCUACGAUAAUAUCCCCUUGGGGGUGUGUCAUCCUCCCGUACUGGUUACAGCCUCAUUUCACGAUUCAAGGUAAGUAUUUUCUCCUUCUGCUGGUACAAUAUUCACAUGCUUUUCUAUGUCAAGAGAGAUUAUUUGGAAUGCGCCAUCCAGUGUGGUGAAUCAGAAAGCUAAUGGGCAAAUCAUCCACAUAGUCCUGUCAUGUUUUCCAUAUAAUAUAUUUUUCCCCUAGAAAUGAACAUGGUGCCCUCAUCCUUAUUCUCCGCAUCUCUAUUCAUCAGAUUGAAAUUCGUGCUCACUAUGCCUUUAUAUCUCAUUUAUAUGGGUCCUUUAUGUCGCAAUGCCAUAAUGAAUAUUUCUUUUAGUUAAUUAUGAGAAAAAUCUCAGAGAAAAUCCACAUUUUGGUAUCCCGGCAUGCUCUCUCUUCUUAUCUGAUUUAUUGCUUUCCAUAUUCAGGGUGGGAGUCUGGGAAGCUGCCAAGUGGGUGGCAAGAGCAAGGGACAGUUCAUGCUCAGCCUGCUCUCGGAGCAUCAUCCUGAGAACAAAUAUGAAUGGCGGGCAUUUUGGAGAGGGUGGCCGCUUUGCAGAGUGCGAGGACAUCGCUCUUGAAUAUGCAUUUCUAAUCAAGGUGAUUGGAGAGCUCGGUGAUGAGGACCCUGCUCAGAAGUUGGGUAAAAGAACUCAAAGCCAAGAGCGAUAA